CAGCUCUGAAUGGGAUCUCUAGUAAAAUGCUGACCGGGAGUGAGGUCAGGUUGUAUAUGUCUUCCAUGGAAUGGCAGUUCACUUACUUCUGUUGCUCUGUCGUGUUCCCUCCUGAGAUGGCACCAUCUUCACCUGUGGAUUCUACUGCGAGUACCAUGGGGAUGGCUUCAGAGUGUUCCUGUUAUGACCAGUGCUUCUAAAAACAUUGCUACUUGGGUAUCUUCUGCAUUUGAGUGUCUUAUCUUCAUCUUCUUCAGAAAAUUCCCCAUACCGAACUGUUCCUCACCCCAAAACUUUUUCCCUGUCUGCCCUUCUGUUUAUGGUGGCUUCGGAGGAUGGGAUCCACCCCCCUCUCCCAGCCCCAAAUGGGCUCAGAUGUCAAGAGUGAUGAUAUCACACACACCAAGAGGGUAGAAAAAACAGGUAACGGGACUUUCUGGAGAGAGCUGGUCAGGGUGGCUUGAAGGAAGCAGAGAGAGCGGAUUGGGCCUUUUAGGAGUCUUCGUAGUGACUGAGGAGCCCUGGUGGUGCAGCAGUUACUCGCUUGGCUGCUAACCUUAAGGUCAGCAGUUCAAACCCAUCGGUUGUUCCACGGGAGACAGAUGCGUCCCUAGGCUUCCGUUAGGAUUAUAGCCUUGGAGCCCCAUAGGCAGGUCUCUGUUCAGUGGGGUCGCUAUGAGUCAGAAUUGACUUGACAGCAACGGGUUUGGUUUGGUUUUGGUUUGGUGGUGGCUAGUGGGUAAGCUUCGGCUUUUUGGGGAAAGACCUUCACACUCCAGGCAUCCCAGGAUGAGUAGCACCUGUGGGCUUCUUACCUUGGUCACCUGAUGUGGGCAGGCAAGGUAGAGGGGUAGGGAUCUAAAGACUGUUAAUGGUCAGAUGUCACGAAUGAGUCAGUCUGUUUAUUACAGCUCACCCUCUGGUGUUUGAUUGGUGACUGACAUGUGCUAGGCCCCCUUAAACGGAAUUUUAAAAGCCAAGUACUCAAGCGACAAUAAAGGUGAGCAUCCUUGAAAGAGCAUUUGAAUCCAGUCAUCCCAGGCCUCGGAGAGACGAGCCUAAAACAGAUGGCGGGGGGUCCAGGGCUUGUGUUCAAAUAUUUCGGUUAUGUUUUUGACUGUUUUCAUUUGUUGUCUCAUUGUUGAGUUAUUUGUGUCACCCUGACAGUGUUGUCUACCCACAUGUCACAAGAAGCCCUUUUAAGGGAACAAAUCCCUCUCUGGCUGGCCAAAAAACAGCCCAAAGCUGAGUGGUCAUCAGUUCCCAUGGCUGCCGGGGAGAACGAGCCUCCCUGAAGAGCAUCUAAACCUUGGCUGUCUGCUACAUGGGUUUAGAGUAUUUUGGACGUUUGCUGAUUGGAUGACAUCAUGUGUCCCCAGGGUAAUGGCCAAGACUCCUAUGAUCUGAGAAGUGUGAAUGUAAUUGGCAGGAAAAUAGCACAUUUGUAUCAAGAGGGACCAGAGAAGGUUUGGGGGGUGUGCCCAAAGUGAAAUACUAACACCCAGAGUAUAGGUGAUGUUAGUAGGAAGGCCUGGAGUUGGGGUAUAAGAGUAGUGGGCUAUUGCGCACUCUUACAAUAAGCCAAAUAACUGCAGGAAUGUCCAUUUUGAAAGAAAUGCCUGGUACGGGAAGGGUUUCACUCACUAAGUACCUGUAAUCCAGCUGUCUAGUACCAAGUAACGAUCCCUAAAGACUGGGAGCUGAGUCUAACUAAAGCUGCCGACAAGAGGGAGACCCCGUAGAUGGCUAUGGCAUUCCGUAUCAUCAGCAGGGUUUGUUCAGUAAGCCGUUACGGCAUCUAUGAGGCCUCUGGCCUGAAGUUGGCAAGUGUGUAUUGGUUUCCUGUAGCUAGUAGCAUUCUGCUGUCUGCCUCUGUGGUCUGAUCUUCUGCUUUGCUCUUACAAGGCCAUUUAUAAAUUGCUUUUAGAACCCACCUAGAUAAUCCAGGACAUUCUUCCCACAUCAUGAUCCUUAACUUAAUCACAGGUAACAUUUACAGGUCCUAGGGGGUAGGACCUGAUAUCUUUGGGGACCAUCAUAUCUAGAAACUAUUUCCUAACCCAAGGUCAUGAGAUAGCCUUCUACAUUUUCUUCUACGAGCUUUGUAACUUUAGCUCUUAAAGUUAAGCCUGUGAUCCACUUUGAGUUAAUAUUUGUAUAUGGUAUGAGAUAAAGGACCAUACACAAAUAUUACACGUGGAAAUCCAUUUGUCCCGUUGAAUUUUUAAAUGUUGAUCUUGAUUGCUGCAACUUGGGUGAAGUCGUUUAUUAUUACAGUAUUUUUCAGUGGAUUCCGUAUAUUUUCUAUGUAAAAGAUCGUUUGUGAAUAGAGUUUUACUUCUCUCUUUCUAAUGAGGAUGCUUUUUAUUUUAUCUUUUUCUUACCUAUUUGUCCUGACUAGAGUCUUCAGUACGAUAUUGACUAGAAAUUGUGAGAUCGAGGAUGGACAUCCACAUCUUGUUCCUGACCUCGGAGGAAGGAGUUCGGUCUUGCACUAUUUUUUCCUGGGGUUGGGUAGCUGUAGGUUUUUACGUGGAUCCCCUUUUCGGGUUGAGGAAAUCCCUUUCUAUUCCGACUUUGUAGACCGCUGUGAGAGGGCUUUGGAUUUUCUGUUAGGACUCGGUGGUCUUUGAGGAUUUGGCUGUGAACUUCACCCAGGAAGAGUGGGCUUUGCUGCAUCCUUCUCAGAGGGACCUCUACAACGAUGUGAUGGUGGAAACCUUCCGGAACUUGGCCUCAGUAGAUAGUUGUACUCAAGUUAAAACUACUGGAUCAAGUCCUCAGCAGGAUAUUUUUGGGAAUGAAAUAACCACUGAAGAAAAAAUAAGUUCAGUAAGAAAUGAUUCCUGGUACAAUUUGGUAAAAAAAGGGAAACUUGAUAACAUGGAAGAUCAGCACCAAAUCCAGGAGAGGCAUUCGAGGGAACGUGUGAGCGGUCACAAAGGACAGAAAAUUCCUGCAUGUGAAGUAUGUGGGAAAACCUUUAUGCAUUCCUCCUCCCUUAAGCUACAUUUAAGACGUCACAGUGGAGAAAAACCCUAUGAGUGUAAGGAAUGUGGGAAAGCCUUCAGUUGUCCCACAUACUUUCGAGAACACGUGAGAAUGCACACUGGAGAGAAACCUUAUGAAUGUAAAUAUUGUUGGAGAGCCUUCAGUUUUUACUCAUCCCUUCAAGAACAUGAGAGAACGCACACUGGAGAGAAACCCUAUAAAUGUAAGCAGUGUGGGAAAGCCUUCACUUGUUACUCCUCCCUUCAUGGACAUGAGAAAACACACAAUGAACAGAAAAAUUAUGAAUGUAAACAGUGUGGCAAAGGUUUCAGUUGUCCCAAAUACUUUAGAAUACACGUGAAAAUGCACAGUGGAGAGAAACCCAAUGAAUGUAAGCAGUGUGGCAAAGUCUUCAUUUGUCCCAAAUACUUUCGAAAACAUGUGAAAAUGCACAGUGGAGAGAAACCCUAUGAAUGUAAGGAAUGUGGGAAAGCCUUCAUGGUUCUCUCAUACCUUGAAAGCCAUGUAAGAACCCACACUGGUGAGAAACCCUUUGAAUGUAAACAAUGUGGGAAAGCCUUCAAUUGGCCCACCUCCUUACAAGCACAUAUGAGAACACACUCAGAUGAGAAACCCUAUGAAUGUAACCAAUGUGGGAAAGCUUACAAGUGUUCUAAAUACUUUCAAAUACAUGUGAGAAUGCACAGUGGAGAGACACCCUAUGUAUGUAAGGAAUGUGGAAAAGCCUACAGUUUUCCCUCAUCCCUUCGAGAACAUAUGAGAACCCACUCUAGCAAGAAAACUUAUGAAUGUAAGCAGUGUGGCAAAACAUUUAGUUGUUCCAAAUCCUUUCGAAUACAUAAGAAAAUGCACAGUGCAGAGAAACCCUAUGUAUGUCAGGAAUGUGGAAAAGCCUACAGUUUUCCCUCAUCCCUUAGAGAGCAUACGAAAACACACACUGGAGAGAAGCUCUUUGAUAUUAAAAAGAGACCCUAUGAAUGUAAACAGUGUGGGAAAGCCUUCAUGUUUCCCUCAUGCUUUCAAAGACAUGAGAGAACACACAGUAAAGAGAAACCUUAUGAAUGUAUGCACUGUGGGAAAGCCUACAAAUGCCUCGAAUCCCUUCAAGGACACCUGAGGAAACACACUGGAGAGCAACCCUAAGAAUACAAAGAAUGUAGGCAGGCCUUCAUUCACCCUUAAAGCCUUGUUGUACACGCAAGAAAACACAUGGGAUAAAAGCCUAUGAGAAUAAACAAUGGGAAAAGCUUCAGGUAUAGCAGUCCCUUUAUUGCGUACACAUAAACUCAGAACAGGAAAGAAAUCUCUUAAUUGUUAUGAUAUUGCCUUUGUUUGUGCCUCAACCUUCAUAUGGAUCUCUUGUGUAUUGAUUUCUACCUUAUGUUUCUAAUAUAAGCAUCUAUGAUAAUAUCCCUCUAUGUCCUUGGGUGGCACAAAUGGUUAAGUGCUAGACUAGUAACAGAUAGGUUGGCAGUCCCCAAUCCACUCAGAGGUGCCUCGGAAGAGAGUCCUGGUAAUCUGUUUCCAAAAAACCAGCCAUCGAAAACUCAAUGAAGCCGGGUUCUAUUCUGAAACAUGGAGCACCAUGAGUUGGAAUCGACUCAAGAGCAACUGGUUUGGUUUUUAUGUACUCUUUCAGCUGUGCCACAUAUAUCUUGUUAUAUGAAACUUUAAAUAAUUGUACAGUUACAUAAAACUUGUCUCAUUUUCAUUAUGGUGUCUAUUAAACUCAGAUUUUCUUUUUUAAAUGGGUAACAUUGGUGUAAUUUUAUAUAAAAAGUUUUUUAUUCCUAUUUUGCAUUAUGUUUCUGACAUGUAGGUAUGAUGCUCUGAGACAUAGGGAUUGUUUACAUUAUUUUCUGGUCCACUAUUGCAAAUACUGGAAUUGGCUAACUCUGUAUCGACCUUCCCCUUCAUUCUUUAUUAUUAAAACAUGUAUCUUCACACAUGUUGCUAAUCAAUACCACAUCCUGUGUUCCUAGCAGGAAUUAGUAAUUGUGUCAACAUUUUGAAAGAGGACAGCCUGGUCUGACUUUUGUUCCUAUUUUGAGCUUUGCUCAUUGUCGCUGACCAUGGUUGAAGAUAUCACAUGGUGCACUGAGUUAAGAAGAGAGGCCUUAUAACGUGAAGAUGAAGCUAGGGUACAGGUGGUUCUACUGAAUUGCUCUGUCGACAUGGAUAAAGGUGAGAACGACAUAUCCCAGAGUCUCUUUUGUUUGUGGUUCUGGGUUAAAGUUCACAAGAAGAGGAAGGUACAUGAGUGAGUGUUAAAGGCAGAAGCAAAGAAGCCAUUCCUCUCCAUUCUGCUGAGCCACCGGGAGAGAGAGAUACCUAGGAACCUAGUAGCCUGGGUUACAGCACACCUUUGACAUUGAUCUGGCUUUGUCACUCAAGAACAGUUACAACCACACGUGUUGACUUCAGUUCCUCCUAGGCAGCAGCUUCCACAGGCUUUUCCAGAAGCUGCCCUGUCGGGGACCUUUUGUACUCGGGCACACACAGCUUCAUCCUCUGACCCCCUUUAUCUCCAGCUCUGUCAUUGUACCUGAUUUCCGUUGUAAGUACCUUGUUGACACAGUAGUUCUUUUUCCUGACGCCACCCUCAAAUUUAACGCUGCAGCCAGAAGGGCAGGAAAUGUCGUUCCCUGAUGGGUUUCUUCAGAGACUGCCCAGACCACGAAGUUACGUUUUCUGACAUGUCCAUGACUGAAAUACAGGCUUGGAAUAUGUGUGGCAGAUGGUGAGGGUUUUCUGUUACAGCUGAAUGCUAUCUUUGAGUCAUAAACCCACCAUAUUUGACUGAUUUUUAUGUGAUUACCUGGUGUUUGUUUCAUUUUUUUAUACAGGAUUUAAAACAAUUAGCAUUUUUGUCAGAUCUGUAAAUGUUUCUUCAAAAACUCAUGCAUAGGUUUUAUAAUAUGUUGUGUACUUAGAAAUGUCGUUAUGUUUUAUGUUUCAUUAACUGUUUCCUUGACUGAGACAAAAUGUUAAGAUACCCCAUUCUGAUGAUUGUUAAUUCAUCCUUGUAUCUAUUUUUCUUUAUACCUUCUAAGGUUAUAGUACUAAAUAUAUACAUCUACCUUUUGACUUUUCUUUCUGGUGCAUUUUUCUUCAAUUCCUAUAGCUACCCUCUUAUAUAAUGAUUUUUAUUCAUUCUUAAUAGUGAAAACCUAAUUAUUGUUCAUGUCAACACCCUCCAGUGAAAGAAAACCAGGAGUACACCUCCUAAGGUCACACAGCGCUGAGAAUUCUGACCCAUUGCAAAGACAGAAAGCACAUACCAUGAAGGGACCCUGGGGGUCUCAAUAUGAGGGUGUUUUAAGAACAGGGAGCGAGUUUGACCAGCUUGGGAAAGGUACAGUGAAGCCGGGCUUGGUAUUAGAUUGGAAGCAAUGAGGGAGGGAGGGUCAUUUUAUGACGGGGAAUCUAAAUAUGUUUCUGCGCUGUUGGAAAGACAGACUGAAGCUAAAGCUGUUACUGGAAAGAAGCCUGUCCCCCCUGUUCCCCAGGAUAGAAGUUGGUGGGCCUUUUUGUGCUUUGGAUGAUGUCCUUGUUUCUCUCCCUGCUCAGAGAUCAUCAUGGAGUGGCUUUGCUUUUGUCCUCACCCAUCGUGGUCACAGAGUAGCCCUGUCUCAUCCUGGUGUUUUGUGAAGCCGUUUGUGUUCAACACAGUAACACCUUGUCCCUCUGAAUGCCUGGCCAGCUCCUAACAAUGCCACGGCAAGUUGUAUCAUGACAGGUCCCAUGUGUCACGGCCGUUUUCCUGUUUCACAGUCUCCCCCUCAUAGAGGAGGACAGAUAAUGUCAUCCAGCAGGAUAUAAACCUGUGAUAUCUUCAUUACCACAUUGUGUUGGUCAGCAGGCUGUCCACUGUCGCUGUCUGUAAUUGGAUUAAAAUUAGUCUCUCCUUGUCCCCUGUGUUUCCAGAUGAGUUAUUGAAUGCUCUAAUGUGACCAUAAGGAGGCCUGGUGGUACAACGGUUAAGCACUCGGCUGCUGACUGAAAGGGUGGUGGUUUGAACACAACCAGCGGCUCACAGGAGAAAGACCGGGUGGUCUGCUUCCGUAAAGACUGCAGCCUAGGAAACCCUGUGGGCAGUGCUGCUCUGUCACCUGGGGUCAAUAGGAAUUGAAAUUGACGCGACAGCACCUAACAACGACAACAGUGAGACAGUGGCUUUGCAGUAGCAUUUUGUCCUCAGGAUAGGGAAAUGUUGCCAACUGGAAACAGGCAAUUACCAGACAGAAAGAUGCUCAUGAGUCCUCGUCAUAUUCCUUGAACAUGCGGAUCUCACUUCGCAAGCGCAGGCGAGGUGGACACGUCCCAAAGCCCAUCAGGCACUUCCUAGAGAUCCAGGUGUUUUUAAUCCUUCAGCCUCCUCAGGGACUGACCUAUUUGGCUUGCCAAAGCAUAGAUUUACCCUUGUUCAAACCAAAAAAGCCAAACCCCUUGCCACUGAGUCAAUUCUGACUUAUAGUGACCCUAUAGGAUGGAGUAGAACUGCCCCGUGGGAUUUCCAAGGAGUGGCUGGUGGAUUCGAACUGCCGGCCUUUUUGGUUAGCAGCCGAAGUGUUAAUUAUUGCACCACCAAGUUUCAGUCAAAGGUGUUGGGCUUCCUGGCAGACCCUAUGCCACCCUGCUAACAUCAGGGACAGGUGUUGUUCUGCUCCCUUCCUCAUGAGCUUCUGACCCAGGUCUUCAUCCACAACCUGUCAGAGACUGAGGAUCUAGGCUUCUUGCUGAUGUACGUGGACAACCAGCAAUGUCAUUAGUACUAGAUAUCAUCACCGUCAUCAUGAGUAUUCAGAACAAAUGCUUCUCAGUUGAUUUCUUUUUACCAGAAGAACAUUGCCUAUUUAUGGGAGAUAAAUUCACAAAUGCUAAAAAAGAGGAUCAUUAAAUACCUUCAAGCAAUCGCAACGUGUGGAGAAAAGUGUUUCUUUUUAGCAGACUGUCUAGAAAUGGCAUGUGGGAUAAGGAUUCUUUUCUAUUUUUAGUCACUUCAUGUAAAAAUUUAACCCAUCAUUGAACUCUACUGAGUUUUGGUCCAGAGUCUGGGAGCGAUAACUCCCCGAUAUCACCUACCCUUUACCGACUGCCUAGAAGAUGCCUAGACUAUGCGCUCCCUGUGCUCCAGGCUGAGGAGGCAGAGGUGGGGUGGGUGUCACUGAUCCCUGUGGCUGAGAGGAAGCAACCUAAAGGGUGAGACCUGGACCCUGCAUUCUGAUGGGCUUCAAGACCAACCUGUUCCAAUGACCCACCUGUGUCCCUAAGGACAUCCCUUCCCACAAACAUUUAUUUAAGACAUAUUUAGUGGGCCCAGGCCAGUUACAGAUGUAACUGAAUAAUAGUAGCCAUGAUCUCUAUACUUCAGAGGCUUUUAGGUUUUGGGAAGAGUAAAGUAGGGAAAAGCACCCAUAGAAUGUAUGUAGUGUGGAGAGAUCUUUGAAAUGGGAGCAAGGAGACUUUCCUCCUUGAAAGAUGGCAUCUCGAUCUAGGAGGGAGCCUUGUUGCUGGUGGUGGCCGU